AUGGUGGACGAAAGUGAUAAGAAACAACUGACUAUUGACGAACAAUCGAAGAUAAAUGCUGAAAAGCAAACUUCAAAUAAGAAGGAUAAAAAAAAGGAGGAAGAGGAACAGCUAUCUGAAGAAGAUUCUAAGCUUAAAGCGGAUUUAGACUUACUGGUUGAAAGGCUGAAAGAAGAUGAUUCAUCUUUAUAUGAAGCUUCCUUGAGCGCUCUAAAGGAAUCCAUCAAAAAUUCUACGAGUUCUAUGACCGCGGUCCCCAAACCUCUGAAAUUUCUUCGUCCAGCAUAUCCAGAGUUAUGUUCUAUUUACGACAAAUGGACAGAUUCAAACUUGAAAUCUUCUUUGGCGGAUGUCUUGUCCAUUUUAGCCAUGACAUACUCGGAAAAUGGGAAACAUGAUUCAUUGAGAUAUAGAUUGCUCUCUAAUGUUUCUGACUUCGAAGGCUGGGGCCACGAGUACAUCCGUCAUUUGGCUUUAGAGAUCGGUGAAGUAUAUAACGAUCAAGUGGAAAAAGACGCUGAAGAUGAAGUAUCUUCUGAUGGAUCCAAAAGUGAUGGAUCUGCAACCGCAACUGGAUUUGAAUUUUCCAAAGAAGAUACGCUACGUUUAUGUCUAGAUAUUGUUCCAUAUUUCUUGAAACACAACGGUGAAGAAGAUGCUGUGGACUUACUUUUGGAAAUUGAAUCUAUUGAUAAACUACCUCAAUUCGUGGAUGAAAACACUUUUCAAAGAGUCUGUCAAUACAUGGUUGCAUGCGUUCCGCUUUUACCACCUCCUGAAGACGUUGCUUUUCUAAAAACUGCAUAUUCUAUUUAUCUAUCUCAAAACCAACUUACAGAUGCAGUUGCCUUGGCAGUGAGACUAGGAGAAGAAGAAAUGAUCAGAGCCGUUUUUGAUGCUACCAGUGAUCCAGUAAUGCAUAAACAACUAGCCUAUAUUUUAGCCGCACAAAAGACGUCUUUUGAAUAUGAAGGUGUCCAGGAUAUAAUUGGUAAUGGAAAGCUAUCAGAACACUUUUUGUAUCUUGCUAAAGAGUUGAACUUAACCGGACCAAAAGUUCCAGAAGACAUUUAUAAAAGCCAUUUAGACAAUUCUAAAUCCGUAUUCUCAAGCGCCGGUCUAGAUUCUGCUCAACAAAAUUUAGCUUCAUCAUUUGUUAAUGGGUUCUUAAACCUAGGUUAUUGUAACGACAAGUUAAUUUUGGAUAACGAUAAUUGGGUUUAUAAAACCAAAGGUGAUGGGAUGACCUCAGCAGUGGCCAGUAUUGGAUCCAUAUACCAGUGGAAUCUGGAUGGUUUGCAACAGCUGGAUAAAUACUUAUAUGUUGAUGAACCAGAAGUCAAAGCUGGUGCGUUAUUAGGUAUCGGUAUUUCCGCCUCUGGUGUGCAUGACGGUGAAGUUGAACCAGCUUUGUUACUUUUACAGGAUUACGUUACUAAUACGGACACUAAAAUUAGUUCAGCAGCUAUACUUGGUUUAGGUAUUGCGUUUGCCGGUAGUAAGAAUGAUGAAGUGUUGGGUUUGUUAUUACCAAUUGCUGCUUCCACUGAAUCACCUAUUGAGACUGCAGCUAUGGCUUCAUUAGCUUUAGCUCACGUUUUUGUCGGUACCUGUAAUGGUGACAUCACAACUUCUAUUAUGGAUAACUUUUUGGAACGUACACCUAUCGAAUUAAAGACCGACUGGGUAAGAUUUUUGGCACUUGCAUUAGGUAUACUUUACUUAGGCCAAGGUGAACAAGUAGAUGAUGUCUUAGAAACUAUUAGUGCUAUUGAACACCCAAUGACGUCCGCUAUUGAGGUAUUGGUUGGCUCAUGUGCUUAUACCGGCACAGGUGAUGUUUUGCUAAUUCAAGACUUGUUACAUCGUUUGACUCCUAAAAACGUAAAAAGUGAAGAAGAGGUAGAUGAAGAGGAAACUACUGACGGACAAACAAAUAGCAUAAGUGAUUUCUUGGGUGAGCAAUUGAACGGAACGGUUAAAAACGAACAAGCUGAAAGUGAAGUCGACGAAAUGGAAGUCGAUGCCGAAGGCGAAGAAGUUGAGGUCAAAGCAGAAAUAACGGAAAAGAAAAACGGUGAAACUUUAGAAGGCGGAGAGAUAAAAGCUGAAGAAGAGAAUGGGAAAUCUACCGACAAGGAUGCUUCUUCAGAUGGAAAGAAUGAUGAUGAAGAAGAAGAAAAGGAAGCAGGAAUAGUCGAUGAACUUGCUUAUGCAGUUUUGGGUAUUGCCUUAAUCACCCUUGGUGAAGGUAUCGGGAAAGAAAUGUCCUUGCGCCAUUUUGGUCAUUUGAUGCAUUAUGGUAACGAACACAUCCGUCGUAUGGUGCCUUUAGCAAUGGGUAUUGUUUCUGUAUCUGAUCCACAGAUGAAGGUUUUUGAUACUUUAACACGUUUUUCGCAUGAUGCUGACUUAGAUGUCUCAAUGAAUUCUAUUUUUGCCAUGGGUCUAUGUGGUGCCGGUACUAACAAUGCAAGGCUAGCUCAACUAUUAAGACAGUUGGCAAGUUAUUAUUCACGUGAACAAGAUGCCUUGUUUAUUACAAGAUUAGCCCAAGGGUUAUUGCACUUAGGUAAAGGUACUAUGACGAUGGAUGUGUUUAAUGAUGCACAUGUUUUAAAUAAAGUUACACUAGCAUCAAUCUUAACAACCGCAGUUGGCUUGGUAUCGCCAAGUUUCAUGUUGAAGCAUCAUCAAUUAUUCUACAUGUUAAAUGCCGGUAUAAGGCCAAAGUUUAUUCUAGCACUAAAUGAAGAAGGAGAACCAAUAAAAGUCAAUGUACGUGUUGGUCAAGCAGUAGAAACUGUUGGUCAAGCAGGUAAGCCAAAAAAGAUCACUGGUUGGAUUACACAGUCUACUCCUGUUUUACUAAAUCAUGGUGAAAGAGCAGAGCUAGAAACUGAUGAAUAUACUAGUUAUACAAGCCAUAUCGAAGGUGUGGUAAUUUUGAAAAAGAACCCUGACUAUCACGAAGAGGAAUAA